UCAUAGAGCCCGUGUGAUCGCCGCAGUGUAAUUUGCUAUUUUCUUCCAGUCAAGCCCGUGGGUCUUUUCGGCUCGGUUCGCCGUUAGUUGGUGUGUUAGUGCACCAUCCCUACCGAGAGUGACCACGCGAUCCGUGAAUACCAAAAAGAAGACCAAGAGUAAUUAUUAGACAAGAAAAAUAUCGAUUUGGAAGCAAAUUGUUCGUCAAUCGGUCGUUCAGAAUUCGUGGAAGAUGUCCCACUAAUGCAGUUUAGAAAUAAGCAACAUUUUCCUGUUUUCGGUAGUUUUUUUUCGUCUUCUCAAUAUGGGAUUCUUUUCGUGGGUGUGAACUUGGAUGAAUAGUGUUCGGAGUCUUCCCUUGUGCUCCCCGAAACCCCGAGUUCAGUGAAGAAAGUGUCGGAGUGAAUUGCUGGCACUGAUUAGCGGUCCCGUCUCCAUAUUCCUCUCCGGCAAAUGUGUGAAUCAACAUCCGAGGUCAUCAGUUGUGUAGUGUAGAAGAUAAUCAAAAUUGUGCCGCAAAAUCAGCGCUGCUGCAACGACGACGUUGUCUACCAACAUAAGCUCCCUCAGUGUGUGAUAAUUGUCGUUCUCGACCCAGAGUGUAAUGGAGCUGCUUCGCACAAUCACGGAUACGUUUUGGUCUACCAAAAUAUGGUUACCUCCAAACAUCACUUGGGAGGAUAUCCAACCGGGUGUCCGGCCGGAUGUAAACCAUGCCGACUAUCGGCAUCUCGUUUAUCCCAUUCCAUUGGCAGCCAUUAUGUUGGUGAUAAGAUACUUCAUUGAACGAUACUGGAUCGCACCGAUCGGCAAAGCAAUCGGAAUCAAAAGCACGGGUCCGAAGCCUCCCAUACCAAACAAAACACUGGAAUCGGCAUACAACACAAACGCCCGACUGAAUCAUAAAGCAAUCGUAAAACUGACGAAACAAACCGAGCUCAGUGAGCGACAGGUCGAACGAUGGUGGCGCCGUCGAAGGGCCCAGGACAAACCGACAACACUGGUCAAGUUCAGCGAAAACUCGUGGCGGUGCAUCUACUACACGUACAGUUUCAUCUUUGGCAGUAUCGUCAUGUGGGACAAACCAUGGCUGUGGGACAUUAGGAACUGCUGGUACGGUUACCCCCACCAAUCGGUCUCAAACGACAUCUGGUGGUACUACAUGAUCUCGAUGGCAUUCUAUUGGUCGCUGACGGCAUCACAGUUUGUUGAUGUUAAACGGAAGGAUUUCUGGCAGAUGUUUAUCCAUCACAUGAUCACAAUCUUACUUAUGGCGUUGAGUUGGGUCUGUAAUCUCCAUCGCGUUGGUUCGUUAGUUCUUCUGGUGCAUGAUUGUGCCGAUAUCUUCCUGGAGGCAGCAAAAAUCACGAAGUAUGCACAAUACCAGAAGGUUUGCGAUACAAUCUUCGCCGUCUUCACGGUAGUAUGGAUCAUCACACGGCUGGUACUCUAUCCCCGAAUCAUCUACAGCUCAUCAAUUGAAGCCCCGCGGAUACUGCCAAUGUUCCCAGCGUACUACAUCUUCAACACCCUGCUUAUUCUGCUGCUGGUGCUGCACAUUGGAUGGACUUAUCUGAUUAUCCAGAUCGCCAUCAAGGCCAUCAAGUCCGGUCAGAUGGAAGGUGACGUACGCUCGAGCUCGAGCGAUGAGCUGUCCGACAGUUCGGAGAACGCUCGGCCAAUCGUCGCCAACGGGACCCCAAAGAAGCAACAGCGACCAUCACCGAGCAAAGCCGCCGGCUCGAAUCAGGCAUCACCUAAGAAAUAAAACCCUCGACACCGACCCAUUGGCAAAAAAAGAACAGGUACUAUUGUUUGAGUGACCCGCGUCGAAUGCGAGUGAUGCGUAUGAGUUGGUUGCAAAUUAUUGGUCGAACUAUUUAAGUGGAUGUAGAAGUAUAUAGUCUAUGAGAACUAGAACAAAGAUGUAGAGCAGAGAAAUAGAUCAAGUGACAGAAAAGAGGAACACAAAUGUUGAAAUCACUAUGAGAGCAUUUUAGAUACAUCAUUACGCAUGAAUAUAUAAUAGAUACAUGUAUAUUUAUUAACUUAUAGAAAUCAAUUUCAAACCGAUAGAAAAGUAUUUUGAUCGGUACACUUUGAGCAUUGGUACGUCUCUAUAAACAACAUGUAGUAGAGAACAGAAAGACUUGAUAAAAGUGUCCUGAAUCAUGAACAUUUUCACAUCAUUUCUAUACAACAUUCCCGACUAUGGACUUUGGUUGCGCUUGUACAGAUAGAAGUCAUUUCGAACUACGAAUGAAUCAGUUGAACUGGAAUAUGACCCCGUGUGUAUACCAUUCUUGACAACCAUCAAAUACUCUAAUAUGCGAAUGAAAACAAAUCCGAAACCAAAAAUGCAAUGUCCACGUUUUGGAAUAUUUUACGGAACGUUAGUUUGACGUACCGUUACAAUUAAAUUGGUUGCGUUGUUAAACUCCAAACCAACAUACAAAUUAGAUCUUAGAAUAUACCGAACAAUCAAUAUAUUUCCUUAAAUGAGAAUCAUUAACAAAAUGUUGAUAGUGUACUACACUUUCUGUUGCUCCAUAACUCUGUUCACUGUGAAUUAUAUGUAUGCACGAUUGCUUCCCUAUUAUCACCCUCAAUCUGUCUUUCAAUAUGAAAACCGUUGUUGAUUUUGCUUGUACCAAUUAGCUACUACGUCACGUUGUUUUUUUAUAUAUCUUCCAAAGAAGAGAGAACAUGCUGGAUCAGAAUGGACUCGAGAGGAAUAUAAACCAAUCGCGAAAAUAGUUAUGUAAUUAGUUCUAAGGCGCCGGAAACAAGAAGUACCAUCCUAUGGAAUAAAGCUUAGGAUAAGAGAUAAUCAUAAGUGUUAAUAUGCGGGGAACAGAAACUGCGCGCGUGGAAGAAAAAUAUGAGACGGGACUCUUUUGGAAAUGAGUAUCGGAUUUAACAGCGGACGCAUUUGCGAUUGAGAUCAACGGCUUGUCUGUAUUGUCUGUAUUACAUGGCGCUGCGUGCGAUAAAAAUUUCGGCAAUUGUAUAUUUGCAGCUCUGCUUUGAGCGUUAUCACACGAUAAUUAUUUGGGGUAUUGACUUGCAUAUUUAAAAAUCGAAAAUGGCUAAAUAAGUGAACAAAAAAAAAAUGGGGAAGAUUUCAGAAGUACCGUGAUUAAAUUUACUGUGUGGAAACAAACCACAGAAAUAAAAGUUUGAAAAGAUGUGCAUCAACUAA